AUGGAAGAGCGCGAAUACCAGCUGCCCGCAUGUCAGAAGUGCAAAUUGCGCAAAGUCAAAUGCGACAGACAAGCACCCAAAUGCACAAACUGUAGGAAAGGGAAUGCCGCCUGCAUCAUUGUUGAUGCUAUCACUGGCGAACAGUAUGCACGUGACUACAUCCGGCAGCUGGAAGAGAAGGAACUCAAUUUGCAGCGUAGACUGGGCGAUCGUGACGAAACGGGUGUUGCGACACCAGCCUCCACCGAAAGAUCGGACGUCGCCAAUCGGACACCGACAGGCCCUGAGACGGUAACCAGCUCAGAUACCCAGAGCGGGUUUGUCGGCGACGGCAGCGGCCUGGGCUUCUUGCAGAACAUCCUUUCUGAUACCAAGUGGCAACACCAUCGCGCACAAAUACUCGAACAACUUGCGAAGCGCCCUCGUAUUGCUAGGCAUCGACCUGUCGCUCGAGCACUACCACCACUGGCGCAGGCACGACAAUUAUUUGACAACUAUUUCACUCGGUUUCACGACGGCUUGAGCCUAUUGAAAGAACAGCACCAGCGCAGGAUAUUCUGGGAGUGCUACGUCCACGACCGUUACAGCUCGGGCAUAUUAGGCCGUCCUUUCGCUCUUCUCGAGUCGGAGAUAAGCAUGCCACUACCGAUUGAUGCCGACGAUGAGACAAUCGUAAUGUCUGGUGCUACUGUACUUGAAGAUGUUCCUUCCGUCACGAACGUCAGCCCAAGCGAGCUGUCAGUCAACCUGUUUUGCAUCAAGCUGCGACGGCUAAGCUCUCGGGUGCACACUGCCUUUUACACUGGUCGAAAGCCCGCCUCAUACAAUAGCGAAGACAGCACUCGGACCUCCAGGUUUCAAUCGAUAGGCCACAUCUACUCAUCAUUCGUGCAAUUCGACAAAGAGUCCCGUGCAUUGCGGUCGUCAGUACCAGUCUUCGUAGACCCCAAAUGUCUAUACGAGCGGUCUGAAUGGCAUGACUUUAUGUACGAGAAGGACCGUCUCCUACUUGCCCGUGGCGCCAUGCACAACCUACCAGCACGGCAGUUCUCCGGAACGUCCAUUGUGAGGGAGAUACUGAAAGUGUGCUAUCAAUCAGCGAUACAUACAAUACAACUCUAUGCAGACCUUCGACGCAGGAACGCUAUCACUUGGACACGCAGCUACUUUGAGAUGAUCUUCACCGCAGGUCUUACUGUCAUCUAUUGCAUUAUCUUGGGUGUUUUGAGCGAUAAUGACGAGCUCUCCGUCACCAACACUGAAACUCUGCCAACGCUCGACACUUGCAGCUCAUUGUUAAACUACUUCAAAGACAAGAUGCCCGACGCAGGUUCUUUCGCCACUGUCUUCAGCGUCAUACUGAAAGAGUUCGUCAAAGAUCGUUUUACAUCAGCAUUACAGGUGUCAGAAAAUGUCCCCGCAAACCCAAUUCAGCCAAGUUUUCAACAGCCUCCAACCCAUGAUGCGCAAAUCUACCCCGAUCACCACCUCAACGCGGACUCGCUGCACUCGAGCAUGGACACCAUCACUGCAGAUCACUUACGAUCGGAUGGUCAGGAACAAGAACGUGUAAACCUGAAUCACUUGAUACUUGGGGACUUUCCUGACCUCUCAAAUCACCAAGAAUCGCAAGACUUCGGCAUGGGUCUGACUAAUGACCUUUUGAACCAACUUGAAUAUGGGCUGGGCGAGUACGCUUGGGGCUCUUUGAACACUAACGUAGAUUAUUGGAAUUCUUUCUCCUACAACUAA